CUACACAAAAGUAGUCUCAAUUAAAAACUGCCACUGAUAAAUGAACAGAGUAUAUGUACAAUAUACGAAGUUUCGAAAAUCAUUUUCCAGAUUUUUUUUCCUUUUAAAUUUAUCAUUUCUUCUCGAUUUAAUCUUUCAUUUCGUUGAAUUUCUCCACCCCAAUAAAAUCCUUCGUCUGACCAACAACAGUCAGCUUUCAAACAUUCCUUUACUCAAAUCAAUUUGGAUUUUUUUUUUUCAAUCUAAAUGAUCUUGUACUUUGAUUUUAGUUACUAGUGAAUUUUACUAAAUUUUAAGAAUUGCCCAAAAAUAAAAAAUGGUGAUAACAGAGAUUUCAAUGAUUCAUCAUGUUUGCAUUGUGCUGGUUUUGCUUUGGCUGCUUAAUUCCUACAAUUUUUGCCACCCAGUUGUUUAUCUCAUCUCUUUAAUUUAUUUGUACCAGAUUCAUGAAAGGUAUGCUAUGAGAUUAAGGAGAAAGUUGCAAUUUGAUGAACGAAAAGCAGCCAAUCAAAGAAGGAUACUAACAGAUUCUGAGACUGUAAGGUGGUUGAAUCAUGCUGUUGAAAAAAUGUGGCCGAUUUGUCUGGAGCCAAUUAUAUCGCAGAGGAUUUUCCUUCCCAUUAUACCUUGGUUCCUACAGAAGUACAAACCAUGGACUGUAAAACGAGCAGCCGUUCAACAUCUUUACUUGGGAAGGACCCCACCUUUGUUCACUGACAUUCGAGUACUUUGCGACUCUACUGAGGAUGACCAUUUGGUUUUGGAGCUCGGCCUGAAUUUUUUGACAGGUGAUGAUAUGAGUGCAAUACUUGCUGCAAAACUGAGGAAGAGACUUGGAUUUGGAAUUGUGGCAAAGAUGCACUUGACUGGCUUGCAUGUUGAAGGGAAGGUGCUGAUUGGAGUGAAAUUUCUACGCUCUUGGCCAUUCAUAGGACGAUUGCGCGUGUGUUUUGCUGAACCUCCAUACUUUCAGAUGAUUGUCAAACCACUCUUUAACCAUGGUCUUGAUGUAACAGAAUUACCUGGAAUCGCUGGGUGGCUGGAUAAUCUGUUGGCUGUUGCGUUUGAGGAGACACUUGUUGAGCCCAAUAUGCUAGUUGUUGACAUGGAGAAAUUUGUAUCACCUGAACCUGAAGAGUGGUUCUCUGUGGAUGUGAAAGAACCUCUUGCUUAUGCAAAUGUGGAAGUUGUUGAAGCAGUGGAGCUGAAGGCUUCAGACCUAAAUGGUUUUUCUGAUCCUUAUGUGAAAGGGCAACUUGGUCAGUACAGAUUUAGGACUCAAGUACAGAAGAAAACAUUGACUCCUAAAUGGCAAGAGGAAUUUAAGGUCCCUAUUUGUUCAUGGGAAGGACAAAAUGUUCUAGCAAUGGAAGUUCUUGACAAGGACCGUUUUUCAGUGGAUGAUGUUCUUGGGAAUUGUUCAGUAAACAUCAAUGAGCUUAGGGAUGGCCAUAGGCAUGACAUGUGGUUGCCUCUUCAAAAUGUUAAAAUUGGAAGAUUGCAUCUGGCUAUUACUGUUGUUGAGGCAAUUGGAAAGGGCAAGGAGCAGACAUCUGGAGAGUUGAGGUCAGCGUCGAAGAAAUCAGAAUUACUUCAAAGUGAACAGGCUGAGCAAGGACCUAUCUCAAGUGCUAACCCACAACCAUUUGCUGAUACAUUUGAACCAAUUGAUAUUGAAGGCCAGAAGGAAACUGGAAUGUGGGUCCAUCAUCCUGGAGGCGAAGUUUCUCAGACAUGGGAACCGAGGAAAGGAAAGAGCAGACAGGGUGAUACCGAGAUCCACUCAGUAGACUCACCAAACUCAUCUCUGCUAGUUGACAGUAGUAAUAGUGGUGAUGAAAGUAAGGAAGAUCACAAAACCAAGCGAGGUAACAUAAUUCAAAGGGGUUUUGACAAGGUAUUCAACAGGCAUCAUGAGAGUGAAGAAGAUCAAAUGAAGAGCUCUGAGGUUGCUGAUCCAUCGUUGCAUUCUAAUGUCAAAGCUGCUCACAUUAAAAAGGUCGGGGUCAAUCUUAUAGUGGAUAAAGAUCAUUCUGGAACUCUUUCUGCUGACGGAAAACUUGGAGGGUCAAGUAAUGAGGGAAGUGGAGCUGAGAAUUCAGGCAAGCAUGAUGUGAAAGACAGGGCGAAGAAAAUUUUACAUAGCGCAAAAAAUUCCGCACGGCAUUUGAAGCAGUCAUUUUCAAGGAAAGGUUCAAAGAAAAAGGAACAUGCUUCAGAACAGGAGAUUCCUUUGGACUCUGAUUCCCAGAAAAAGGAAGAUAUUUCAAAACAGGAGAUUCCUUUUGAUUCUGAUUCGUCUGAUGAAGACUCAUUAUCGUCCUCUCUUUAUGAUCAAUCGCUCAAGGGAAUUCCAAUUACUUCAAGCUUCAUUUCAAGAAGUGGUAUUGACGAUGCAGAUCAUUUGGAACUUGUUGAUCAGUUGGAAAAUGUUGAUCAUUUGGAACAUGUUCAGACAAAUGAUCCAGUUAAGCCUAGCCUUGAUGAACCUGUUCGGAAAAGUACUGACAGCCAUAUCAGUGGUUCCGAAGGAGAUAAAGUGUUGCCAGCAAUUGAAACCAAACCAGACCUUUCAUUGGCACCUUGAUUAUUAAUCUCUGUUGCACUUCAUUUAAGCAGCAUCAGACUGAAAAAUACCAAAGGUUUUUCUUUUUUUUUUUUUGGGCGGCAAUAUAUACGACGAUACAGGUUGUAUAAAAAUGUAGAAUCGGUGUUCAUUACAAACUCAUGUAUGUGAAUUUCGCACAUUGCUUGUUACUGUUAUAUUCUAGUGAUUACAAAAUACCAGUGGUACAAACUCAUGUAUGUGAAUUUCGCACAUUGCUUGUUACUGUUAUAUUCUAGUGAUUACAAAAUACCAGUAUACCAAGUA